AUGCGGGAUCCGGAUAAGGUAAAAAGCGGGCCAAUUUGUGACACAGUUGCCGUCAUUGUGUUGGAGGAAAGUGAAGAUGAGAACGCUCUUCCUGAUGUGCUACACGAAGUACAAUCCCCACACACAUCGGAUACCAUCCCGACAUCUUCCAUCAAAAAGUUCGUUCGCCCUCGUGGAUGGUACAAUCAGUCAGAAACGUCCCCAUCCGAGUUUUUCUAUCAAAUACUGACAACAGAGAAAGGUGCAAGGAGGAUUGCAUAUGUUCUGUCGACAUGGGAGGAAGACGAAACGACAAAAAAUUUUAAAGCAGUCUCCAUAGUUCUCAUUAGUCAAAACUUCCAUCCAAAAGCAUUCAAAGAAAUUCUUCUGGAAAUUUCAAAUGAUCUACGAACUCCAGAAUUCUCAUCUUCUUCCGAACUCAUUAGAUUUUUGACUGAUGAACUAGUCGAGGAAGGAUCCACCAUCGAGAUCAGAACAAAAACUCUGCACGUCGAACUAGGUUUCGAAUUAAGUCCAGUGUCCCCUGUCACUGGGAAGGAUGUUGCCAUGUUAUUCAAAAUGCUAGGAUUUCGAAAUGUCGUGAAAGUCAUCCACGCCCUUCUUUCCGAUUGUCGCAUUGUGCUUGCGAGUUCUUCUUUGAUGCGCUUGUCAAGAUGUCAGAAUGCGAUACUUUCUCUUUUGUAUCCAUUUGUAUAUGUUCAUUCAUGCGUCACAAUUCUACCUGAUUCGCUGGCCGAAGUUUUGGAAUCACCGACGCCGUUUUUGAUUGGAGUCCUUACCGAAUUCGUCACGUCAUUCGGUGACGAAAACAUUGUGGUUUACUUGGACAAUGGGGAAGUACAUAUACCAGAUCACACAGAAAUCUUCAAAGCGGACGACUACUACUACGAGUCCCUACAUCAACGACUUCGGGAUGUGUUGUUCACCACGACCAGCCAAGAAGAUCUUGCGGUUCCAAGCGAAGAAAGACUGGACGUGGAUGAGUUCAUACUGGACAAGAAACUCCGAGCAUGUUUCAUACUCUACUUUGCCGAACUUUUGUAUGGUUAUCAAUACUACAUCCUCUACACUCGAAUCAAAGGAAACUUCGAGAAGAAGCUAACAACAUCACUGACGUUUCAUGUUGGCGCAUUCCGUGGCUUUCGUAAACUCACGGACAUGAUGUCGAGUUCACUUCUAAAAAGUGUAUACUUCCAAACAUUCAUCCUGUCAAGAGCGCUUCCCCGAAGAAAACAUGACUUGUUCGACGAGAUUUCGUGUCUGAAAGAGCUCGAUCAACUUAUUUACAAACAAAAGUCAAAUAGUUACGAAAGCAGAAAGAUCAUUGAGCAAAUCUCUUGUGAGCUCAUCCAGAAAGAACGGUACAUGGAGAAGUGUUCGGUCCGGAAACAAGAAGUUUUCACCAAGAUUUAUUGGACUACGGGAAAAGAGCUGGCACCCAACAACAAUAGCAUCAUUCAUACAGUUAAACCCAAAAUGAGGAGUAACGUGAUUCUCCAAGCAAUGCUUCCAGUUGUGAAUACCCAUGUGGAGUAUCAUGCGAAUCAGUUCGAAGCAUACGCUCACAGAAUAGAAGCACUUCGCAAUUGCCUAGGCGAUAUUUUCGAAAGUAAAGUCUCUUUCGCUAGCAAGUCUUUGGAUGCCGUCAAGUCAUCAAUGAGGUUCGCACCACUUCGAAUUGAACUUUGUCGACUGCUCAAUCAGAAGUCAUCCGCCCAGGCUGUACUCAGCGAUAAACAGUUUGACGAUAUUGCUCUACUCAUGAAUGCAGCUCUACAGGCAGAAUGUGAAGAAGACAAGGAUGGAGUGGUUAGAAGUUUGAUGUAUCUAUCGAGUGUGUACAGUAGGAAGCUAACACAAGGAGUUCAACAGUACAUGUACACCGCCCUACAAGAACACAAAGUUUGGAAGAACCAACGAUUCUGGACAUCGUGUUUUUACUAUGAAGUACAUGAGAUGUUAUUCUCAGAGAUGUUGAAACAAGAUCGGAAGAUUACCGAGAGUUUAUGGUGUCACACUCUCCGACCAUGUGCCAUGGAAAUGAUUGACACUGACGAUACGGAUCAGGAAGAGCUUGUGCGGCAAGAGAACGAGAUGAUCCAGGCACAAGCAAAACAUUUUGCCAACUUGAUCAUUUGUCUACUGAUUCCAUUGACUGACGAAUUUUUCGACAACGAAGAAAAUCAUACUGCAGUUCAAACAGAAAAGUCGAAAUGGAUUGCAUACACGCUUGACUCAAUUCUCGGUGUGACUGGCAGAAUCAACGGCUUACCACUCUCCCGAAUUCAAAACUACGUGGAGGCUCACGUGGAAAGUCUACGUGAUGUAUAUUUGGAGUUGUCCCAUGGAGAUCACCUGAAGAAAGACAACUUUGAUCCAAUUCUAGUGUGUCCCAGUGAAUUCUUGUUGUCAGAUCCAAUCGACUGCUACCUUCUUACAAAUACAGAAGAGUCCACGAUGUCUCUCAAUCGGUUGGAGAACCUGCUCCCAGCAAGUGGUUCUCUUUUCCUAACAAACUACCGUGUAAUUUUCAAAGGGAAAUCUGUAGAUAUCAAUGUCACAAACGGCACAAUCGUCCAGACUCUUCCUCUCUAUUCGGUGGAAUCAUUCAAAAAACUAACCUCGAAGAAAAUGAUUCCAUCACAACUAAUAGAAAAGGGAGUGAAGAUUGAACACAUCAUUGCUAUUCGAUCUUCAUGUGCGGCAACAAUCAUUGUAGCCUUCGAUGAAGAUGAAAUCAACAACUUGGCUAUUGAAAAGUUUCUGGAAGUGAUUGAGAGUAGCUCUCAUAACAGUUUUGCGUUCUACAACAUAAGAAAAGAUAAAACAAUUACGGACACCAGCAGUCACAAGUUCUCAACACUGAACUCAGCGAUACGAGGAUUUACCAAAAAGAAGACAGAUCCUCGUAGAAUCCGUAGUCAUUCCUCUCAUCGUGGUUCAGUGCACAUUCAGUUUGACAAAAUAGAAGAUUUCGACCAUCUCAAAAAGAAUGCCUACAUUCGAUACGCAGUGAUUGACUACCCCAGAUUGGGAUUGAACUCAAAGAAUGUGAAGUUGAGAAUGUCUGCUGCCAACUUGGACUACAACAUCUGUCCUAGCUAUCCAGGAAACUUCAUCGUUCCAAGUGAAACCAAUGAGUCAGAAAUAGCUAAAGUAGCAAAGGGUUUUGUGGAUCAUCGACUGCCGGUUGUAGUAUGGAUGCAUGGAAACGGAUCUUUGUUGAUCAGAGCCAGUGCAUUCACAUCAACUGAUAUGGUCAAGAAACUCAAGAAAGUAGUCAAUUACCGUCGGAAUACACCAAAACUAACAGGGACCAUGACAGGAAGCCAACAGACACUUCACUCCAAAGCAAGUAGUAAUGAAGAAAGCAGUUCCAAUGUGGUGGCUGGCGCUGAAAUCAAAAGUGCAGAAGUUCAGCUAAACUACUUUGCGAAACUUGCCAACUCAUCACAAAAAGUUGUCAGUUUUGCACUGCCCACUCAAUAUGCCGAGAAAAACAGUGUAUUCAAUGAUGGUUGCACCUUGACUCACCAUAAUGGUUACUCCAGUCGAACUGCAAAUACCGAGACAGUGACUAUUACAGCCAACGGAUUUCCGGUCUCACGUUUUCAUCGAAAAGCGUUGUAUGUGCUUUUGGAGAAAGGACAUGCUGUGAAAAUACCAACUGACUCCAAUGCAGAGGCAAUCAUGGUGCGAUCGGUGAAAGAAUCAGAGUUGAGAAGAUCUCUGCAGAAAGCUCGGCAAAUUUACAGUAAAGAAUUUCCAAAAGACGCUAAGAUUUCAAAUCUUGAAGCAUGGAAUUUGUCAAAUUGGCCGCAGUCGGUAUCUCGGAUGAUUGAGCUCUCGAACGCAAUAGUUGCUCUGAUGAGUCUUUACAACUCAUCAGUAGCUAUUUGCCUAGAAGCGGGACGAUCUAUCACCACCAUCCUUUCAUCUUUCGCACAACUUCUGUCCGAUCCCUACUAUCGAACGUUUGCAGGAUUCCGAGUGUUGAUUGAGAAGGAGUGGCUAUCGUUUGGGCAUUACUUCCACAAAGACGCCGAAAUGUGCUCACCGUCGUUUCUUUGUUUUUUGGAUUGUGUUCAUCAGGUUAUGCAACAAUAUCCCUCUGCCUUUGAGUUCUCCGAUUUCUACCUGAAUUUUAUGGCCUUCCACUCUGCUGCUGGGUACUUUAGGACGUUCGUUGAUGAUUGCGAAGAGAAAAGACUGCAGUCCGAUGCAAAUGAGUUUUACUUACCGGAUGACCUUACGACUAUCAGCAUAUGGGAAUACAUCAAACUGAGAAUACGAGUCAGCACAUCAUUUCUCAACGAAAUGUACGAACCAUUUGGCGACGUUUUAGUGCCGUCCAGCUCGUUGUCACAAAUACGAAUGUGGUCUUUUCUGACAGAAACACAUCUUCGGUUUGGCUCUCCAUAUGAUAUUGAAUCCUCUUAUCACGAGAGGAAGUUGGUUGACGCGGAGUGUGAAGAAGAAGACUGGAGUAAUUUGGACACCACUGAAGACCUAGACAAAUCCGUUUCUUUCACCAAGCCUCCAGAGACGGACUCGACUAAAAUGAAUGCAAUCAAAGCGUUGCAGAAGAGUUUUUUGGUUGAAUUGUUCGAUGCGUCGGAAAAGAAAACAACAAGUAAUGGAGAAGCAAAUGGAAAGGAAACAGUCCAUGAACUAGCUCCAUUUGCGGUCGGAGCUAGACCAGUACAAUGUUGCUACUGCGCAAAUAUUCUCACAAGAUGGAGUAAGGCUGUUCAUUGCAAAAAAUGUCGAAUUCACAUUCACGAAGGGUGUGUCAACAGAAACAUCACAAUUGGCAACAUCGUACACACAUGGGAAGCCAAACCACUAGAGAACAUCAAGAUGCCGUCGGCUGCAAUUCAAAUCUCCACACCAACUGCUGAGAAAGUGGCGUAUAGCCCCAGUAACACUUUGACACGAGAGUCAAUGUCACCACCAAUAUCCAACAAUAUUCCACCACUUUGUACAGGAUACUUAAGUAAACGAGGUGCCAAGCUGAAAUUAUGGGUUCCAAGAUUUUUUGUCUUGUACCGCGAUACACCAAAAGUCUACUACUACGAGGAUCUAGAUAAUUGGAAAAAUUCCGAGAAACCAUCAGGCUUGAUUGACCUUGUUGAAUAUAAAAACUGCCAUUUGGAGCAAAAUGGAAGACGAGCAUUUAUGGAGCUUCACAUGAAAAACCGUACAUACCGCCUUCUUUCUGAAAACAUGAAUGAAGCAGUUCGCUGGAAAGAAUGUAUCGAACAAGUCAUCCGAGAUUAA